CGUGCGCAUGACGUCACCGUCCGAAUCACGUCAUACCGGAAGAGCGUUCAUUGUUUUGGCGUUUCCUGAUCCACAUCUUGGGAGUCUCGCCGAUUAAAACAACAAACAUCUGACAGUCGACACAUUACUGGUCACCAUGACUCACUGGUUCCACCGAAACCCUCUGAAAUCCACAGCGCCCGUGUCCUUCAACCUGUAUGGUGUGGCAUCCAGUCCCGCUGCCAAUAAGAUCUGCAAUGACCUGAGAACGACACGGGCCAGACUUCUGGACAUGUUCACCGAUGCCACAUGUACCCCAGAGAUUAUGAAGAAAUCCAGUGAUGAAUAUUUCGCUCUUUUACAGGGAUUCAUUUUGCCGCUGGAUGGAACCACACAAGAGAGCAAGCUCCGGUUCAUCCAGAACUUCAAAUGGACUGACACUUUACAGGGAAAUAUUGCAAGUGCGCAGCAGGAUGCGAUCUUUGAGCUGGUGUCUAUGGCGUUUAAUGUCGCCAUCUGGUACACCAAGUUUGCCUCACGACUGGCUGGAAAGGAGAACGUCACAGAGGACGAGGCCAAAGACGUUCACAAGAGUUUGAAAACCGCUGCUGGAAUAUUUAAAACCCUCAAGGAGACUCAUAUUCCUCGGCUCAUCACUCCAGCAGAGAAGGGCCGAGACCUGGAGCCCCGAGUCAUUGACACAUACAUUGUGCAGAGUCAGGCCGAGGCUCAGGAGGUGACCAUUGCCAGAGCCAUCGAGCUGAAGCACAACGCCUCCCUCAUCGCAGCGCUGGCAUUCGAAACGGCAAACUUCUACCAAAAGGCCGAUCACACUCUGAACACUUUGGAUCCAGAAUGCAGCAGUAAAUGGAAGAAAUACCUGCAGCUGAAGCAACACUUCUACAUGGCUUAUGCACACUGCUAUCAUGGACAGACUCUUCUUGCGGGUGAUAAAUGUGGAGAGGCCAUCAGAUCCCUGCAGGAGGCGGAGAAAUGUUACUCGCGCGCUGAAGCCUUGUGUAAAGAGUACCGUCAGAUGAAGGGUCCCGGCAGCACCGCCAAACCCUCGGAGCAGCUCUUCUUUAAGAAACUGGGCUCGUUCAUCAAAAACACCCUGGAGAAAUGCCAGAGAGAGAACGGCUUCAUUUACUUCCACAAGGUUCCCGCUGAAGCUCCUGCUCUGGAGUUGAAGGCUAGCUAUGGUUUGGCUGAACCGACUCCGUUCGAGCUCCCGGCUCUCAGCGCUCAGUGCACACCUGAAGUCUACGCCACCUUUGACCUUACCAGAGGACCGAAAGACGACAAGCCUAAAGCGAAGCAUGACGAGGAGAUCAAGCCAGUGAAGGAGCCGGACCUGAAGCCACAGACAGACACGGGCUGCGUCGUCUCUUAAUGGUGUCGAUGGACAGGUGAACAUGAUGUCUAGAGGAGUCUGUCAUCUUCAAUCGUCAUUCUCUCCACGCGCAAAUAUAUAACAAUAUAACAUAGUGAUAUAACAGUGGCGUCUGUCUCGUGCUCGGAUUCUCUUUAAGGUGUUUUAACUACAAACGACAGAUGUUCUAAUGAACGAUUGAGUGAGUCUGAUGAAGAAUUAAUCCUAAUAACCCAGACUGAAUCUGAAUUAUGUGAUCAUUUGAUAUGCACUUGAUUAUCUUUCUGUAGCAGAAUACCGAUUUUAUUGAGAUAUUAAGGGUUUAUUGGGUCCAAUGAUUAGAGAAUAACUUCUAUAGGUCACUGAAUUAAAAAAAAAAUUCUCUUAAUGUUUAUAAUUUGGCUAUUCAUGUUGAUGCUGGUUAAUGAUCCAUUGCUCAACACAAAUGCUAAUGUUUAACAGUCUUUAAACUGAGUAAAUUUCAAACAGAAAUGUCAUAUUUUACCCCGUCUAAAACCAUUUUAAAACCAUUAAUCUUCUGUAUUAAGACAUUGC